AUGAGAAUGUUCCAGGAACGUUUACAGCAGUACAAGUAUAUGGAAUUAUCCAAGAAACAACAGAUGGCGGACUUGAAUAUCAAGAUUCCGGAUAUCGAAAAGAACUUGGAGAUCAUUGAUCAUAUCCAAGAGAGGAAAUCUGAAGACGAUGAAGACGGCGAUGCAAAAGUCAUAGAAACAAACUACGAGUUGAACGACACAUUGUACACAAAGGCAUCCAUUGAUGUGGAAAAGUUAAACUCGGUUUACUUGUGGUUGGGAGCCGAUGUCAUGCUUGAGUAUCCUUUGGAUGAAGCUGUAGUCUUGCUUAAUGAUAGAUUGAACAAGAACAAUGAGCAAUUGAAAAUCAUCAAGGAAGACUUGGAAUUCUUGAAGGAGAACAUCACAACCAUGGAAGUGAACACCGCGAGAUUGUACAACUGGGAUGUAGAAAGAAGAAAGAAGGCAAAUAGUUAG